AUGGCUUACUCUUCACGCUAUGGAAGCACCGAACAUCCUUCUGGAGUUAAGAAUGGGUUCCUUGAUUUGAACUUUGCGAAGAAUAUUUCAGUUUUGGACCGGCAUGGAAAUGUGUUGGAAUUGGAGCAUCCUUUGGGUACUACAAUGCACAUCCUCAACUCCUUCGACCCAGUAUUAGCUGUGAAGAAAACGACCACAGCAACCAGAUUUUUCAAUGGACUUUUCCACUAA